GAGGCAAGUAGCUUUUUGGUUUUUGACCAUUUAACACGUGUUUAUAUUUUUCUAUUUGUAUCUUCUGUAUGCUUCAGGUUUGCUUAGCACAUUUGUGGUAAGCUUGUGUAGUCAAUAUGGUCAAAAAGCAAGUGAAAGGCAGUUUGGCUCAAAAAAUUGCCGGAGUGCUAAGUGUGGUGCCCACACAAUACGACAGUGAAGAAAAUUUAGGCGAUGAAGCAAAACUAGUGGACUUUGACGAGGAAAUUACUGAUGAAGAACAGGCAUUGUUAAGUGGGUUCAAAGAGAACAAUGUUGAUUUUCUGGCAGAUGAUCCUAGAUAUGCAGGUGUAAAGGCAAGCCGGAAGCGUAUGCAAGCCAAUAGUUCGGAUGAUUCCGAAGAAGAACUAAACAAUGGAGAUUUUGGUAACAAUGCAGAAUCAAACGAUGAGAGCAGUAGUCAAGAUAAUCAACAAGAAAACUCAGAAAAUGAAGAUAUUUCCGACGACGCUGAAGAUUCAAUUAACGAAUCCGCAGUGGAAAAGGAAUCGGAGGUCGAAGACGAAGACGAAUCAGAGGUGGAAAGUGAAUCAGGGGAUGACAGUUUCAAACACAUAAAUGAAACAAGUGAACACAUUUCGGAACAACUACGAAAGGGCACAUGUGUUAGAAAUCAAUUAAGUAUCUGGGAGAGUCUCAUAGAUGCAAGGAUAUUUAUGCAAAAAUGUGUGAUGGCUGCUAACACGAUGCCCCAAAAAUCCAAUUAUAAAGAGAUGAUACGUGAUGAAAGUGGCGAGUUCCGAAAAAGGGUCAAUGAAAUCAAAGAUAAUCUGACGAAUGUUCUUGAUAAGUUUAUCGAACUGCAGUCCUUAUUUAUUAAAAAUUAUCCGGACACAAAACAUCUAGGAAAAAAUGACCUAAAAAGUAAAUCUGAAGUGACAGAGAGUGAUGAGGAGAUUCCUAGUGAAGAUGAAGUUGAGGAGGAUAAAGCUGACGAAUCCGAAGCAGAAGAACAGAGCCUGCCAAGGAAAAAGAGAAAGCUAAAUGAGUAUGAAAAUGAUUUAAGUGAUUUCUACACUAAGUAUAGAAGCUACAGAAAUAAAACAUUAGAAAAUUGGAAUGCUAAGACCAGAAUAUCAAUAACCAAGAAUUCAGGUCAACCUCAUUCAGUCGUUGAUCAAAUAGAGCACAUCUUAAGAGAUAAAGAAAAGCUGCGAAAAAAAUCCCAGCUUAAGAAAACCGAAUAUAAAAUACUGGGAGAAGAAAGUGAGCCGCAGACAUUGCUUGAAAGUAAUGAAGACAAUGGUGAUACUAAGCAACAGAUGGAAGAAUACAAUACAGAAAUAUUUGAUGACACUGAUUUUUACCACCAAUUACUACGGGAACUGAUUGAAUGCAAAUCUGCUGAUAUGACAGACCCAGUGCAAUUAGGAAGACAAUGGAUCCAGUUGCAAGCUCUACGGAGUAAAAUGAAACGAAAAAUUGAUACCAAAGCCACAAAGGGAAGAAAAAUUCGGUAUGCAGUUCAUUCGAAGUUGGUAAAUUUUAUGGCUUCCAAUGAGAAUCAACCCUGGACAGAGGAGGCAACGGUUGAACUAUACAAUUCACUUUUUGGAAAAAUUAAAAAACGUGGUUCAGACUAAUAUAAAUUAUUGAAAAACA